CGCGGCGACGUCAUCCGGGGCGGCGCGCGCCGCUGCUGCAGUUGCUGCAGGAGGGGAAGGAGGCGGCGGCGCGAGCGCGGGCUGGAGAUGGCAUCCGCUACCGACUCCCGCUAUGGGCAGAAGGAGUCCUCGGAUCAGAACUUCGAUUACAUGUUCAAGAUCCUGAUCAUCGGCAACAGCAGCGUGGGCAAAACCUCCUUCCUCUUCCGGUACGCCGACGACUCCUUCACGCCUGCCUUCGUCAGCACCGUGGGCAUCGACUUCAAGGUCAAAACCAUCUACAGGAAUGACAAACGCAUCAAGCUGCAGAUCUGGGACACGGCUGGCCAGGAGCGGUACCGCACCAUCACCACCGCCUACUACCGCGGUGCCAUGGGCUUCAUCCUGAUGUAUGACAUCACCAACGAGGAGUCCUUCAAUGCCGUGCAGGACUGGUCCACCCAGAUCAAGACCUACUCGUGGGACAACGCCCAGGUCCUGCUGGUGGGGAACAAGUGUGACAUGGAGGACGAGAGGGUGGUGUCCUCGGAGAAGGGUCGCCAGCUCGCCGAGCACCUGGGCUUCGAGUUCUUCGAGGCCAGCGCCAAGGACAACAUCAACGUGAAGCAGACCUUCGAGCGGCUGGUGGACAUCAUCUGCGAGAAGAUGUCGGAGUCGCUGGACACGGCCGACCCCGCGGUCACCGGCGCCAAGCAGGGCCCCCAGCUCACGGACCAGCAGGCCCCCCCGCACCAGGACUGCGCCUGCUAGGGCCAGCCCCUCCCGUGCCCCCGCCUCGGUCAGUGCACCCCCCGAGCCCCUCCUCCUGGGGAUCCUGGGGGGGCUUUUGCUGCUGGUACCUCUGAAAGGGCUGCAGCCCCUCUAGGAGCCCCCCCCCCCACUUCAGUUAGGCUGCACCCUCCCCCUUAAUUUAUUUUUAAGCCUGGGCUGGUAGAAGACCCUCCCCGUUCCGCUUCAGUCGCCCCCCGAGCCC